UGAUAGUCUAUGGUACACUGCACCAGUAGCUACAAGAAAGUUAUUAUUGAUUAUAAUGAUAAAUAUCAUGAAACCAUGUCAAUACAAAAUGUUGGGAGGAUUAUUUAAAGGCAACAUCGAAGGUUUUGCACAGUUUAUUCAUUAUAUGAUUAUAUAGUUUAUAUUAUAUAAUGUGUACAUUGUUGAAAAAGUGUAAUCAAUCUAUAAGAAAAAAACUAUUUAUUAAAUUUUGGUCUAACGAGUUUACAAAGAGUAAAAUCAAAAAAAACCAUUCUCAACCAAAAACUUUCUAUGAUAUUCCUGGACCAAAAUCUUUACCAAUUAUUGGAACGCUUUACAAAUAUUUACCGUUUAUUGGCGAAUAUAGUUUUACAAAUUUAUAUGAAAGUGGAAAAAGAAAAUUAAAAUGUUUUGGACCAUUAGUACGCGAAGAAAUAAUACCUAAUGUAAAUGUCAUAUGGAUUUAUAGACCAGAAGAUAUAGCUGAAAUUUUCAAAGCGGAAUCUGGUUUACAUCCUGAAAGGAGAAGCCAUUUAGCUCUUUUAAAAUAUCGGAAAGAUCGUCCUAAUAUAUACAAUACUGGAGGUUUAUUACCCACAAAUGGAUCAGAAUGGUGGAGAUUGCGGAAAGAAUUUCAAAAAGUUUCUAGUAAACCUCAAGAUGUGAUUAAUUAUUUAAAAGAAACAGAUUAUGUUGUGCAAGAGUUUGUUGAGUUAUGUAACAAUGAAAAAUUUGCAGACUUUUUACCACUUUUAUCACGUUUAUUUCUUGAAUUGACAUGUUUGGUUGUUUUUGAUAUAAGACUGAAUAGUUUUUCAAAAGAAGAAAGAUGUGAAAAUUCUAUAAGUUCAAGAUUAAUUGAAGCUGCCUUUGCAACAAAUAGUGCAAUUUUAAAGUUAGAUAAUGGAUUGCAAUUAUGGCGUUUAUUUGAAACACCAUUAUAUAGAAAAUUACGUAAGGCACAAACAUAUAUGGAAACGAUUGCAUUAGAAUUGGUAUCUCGUAAAAAAAACAAUAUGAAAAUACAAUAUAAUAAAUCAUUUCUAGAUGCUUAUUUAGAAAAUCCUGUUCUGGACAUUAAGGACAUUGUGGGCAUGGCUUGUGAUAUGUUACUUGCUGGUAUAGAUACUACUAGUUACAGCACAGCUUAUAUUUUGUACCAUCUUGCAAAGAAUCAAAAUAUUCAAGAAAAAUUGAGGAUUGAAACCACACAAUUGUUGAAAAAUCAUAAUGAACCAAUAUCAAUAAAUAUUUUACGAAAUGCUUCAUAUACCAAAGCUGUUAUUAAGGAAAGUUUACGAUUAAAUCCUAUCUCUAUAGGAAUAGGUCGUAUAUUACAAACUGAUGUGGUUCUUAGUGGUUAUAAAGUACCUAAAGGAAGUGUUGUUGUAACGCAAAAUCAAAUUAUUUGUCGUCUACCUGAAUAUUUUGAAGAACCGGAUUUGUUUAUACCAGAAAGAUGGUUGCGUGAACAUUCAAAAAAUAAUAAUAAAAUAAAUUAUAAAAAAACAGUACAUCCAUAUGUAUUAUUACCUUUUGGUCAUGGACCUAGAUCUUGUAUUGCUAGACGUUUCGCAGAGCAAAAUAUGCAAAUAUUAUUACUGAGAAUAUGUCGACGCCUUAAAAUUUCUUGGCAUGGAGAUGAUCUUGGAAUGAUAUCUUUAUUAAUUAACAAACCAAAUGCACUAUUAAAAUUUAGUUUUCAUGAUAUCUUAAAUAAUAAUUCUGCUUAAAAAAAAACAAAUUAUAAACUAAAAUAUAUUAUUUUAAAUAAAAAAAUAUAUGGAAAUAAAGAAAGUACAAUAUUAAGUAAAAAACAAA